AUGAAGUUCAUCAUGGACUCGCUGGAACACGCCGGGGAUCUCAGUUCGAUCGUGGAUCGUUCUGGCAACUUGAUGAGAGGGUCACUCGAGCGAACUCGACAGAAUGAUUUCAUCAAGGAAUACUUGACUUCGAAAAUUGAUAAUUUGAGCAUCGAAAUUGCCGAGCGAACAAAGACCCUGCGGCGUCUCGAAGCUCAACGGAACGAGCUCAAUACGAAUGUGCUGGAACUGCGUGUACAGCUACAGAAACUCAGAGAGCCACCGUCGUACGUCGGCGAAGUUGUGAAGGUUAUUGAGAGGAACAAGGUCUACGUGAAAAUUCCUAAUGAGGGAAAGUUCGUGGUCGAGGUGUCGAAGGCCAUCAAUCCGAAAGAUCUGAAACCAAGCGUACGAGUUGCUCUCAACAGCGACUCCUAUUUCCUCCACCGAAUUUUACCGAGUAAAAUUGAUCCCGUUGUUUCCCUGAUGAGAGUCGAGAAAAUUCCUGAUUCCUCCUUCGACCUCAUCGGAGGUCUCGACAAACAGAUUCGGGAGAUCAAAGAGGUUGUGGAGCUGCCGAUAAAGCAUCCUGAGCUUUUCGAAGCUCUGGGCAUCGAACAGCCGAAAGGCGUGUUAUUGUACGGUCCCCCCGGCACUGGGAAAACUCUGCUGGCUCGCGCCGUUGCUCACCACACGGACUGCACGUUCAUGAGGGUCUCGGGUUCGGAAUUGGUUCAGAAAUUCAUCGGUGAGGGGUCUAGGAUGGUUCGCGAGCUGUUCGUGAUGGCCCGUGAGAAAGCUCCAUCAAUCAUUUUCAUGGACGAGAUCGAUUCCAUCGGAAGCACACGGAACGACAGUGGUGCAAAUAACGAUUCAGAGGUUCAGAGGACGAUGCUGGAGCUGUUGAAUCAGCUUGACGGCUUUGAAGCCACAAAGAACAUCAAAAUAAUCAUGGCAACGAAUCGCAUCGAUAUCUUAGACUCUGCCUUGCUUAGGCCCGGCAGGAUCGAUCGAAAGAUAGAGUUCCCUCCGCCGAACGAGGAGGCCCGAUACGAUAUACUGAAGAUUCAUUCCCGGAGGAUGAAUCUCACGAGGGGAAUCGAUCUCAAAAAAGUCGCUGCAUCGAUGACCGGAGCCUCUGGUGCCGAGAUGAAAGGGGUCUGUACGGAAGCUGGCAUGUACGCGCUGAGGGAACGAAGGCAUCACGUCACUCAGGAUGAUUUUCUCAUGGCUGUGACCAAAGUCAUGGAAAGAAACCAAGAAAAGGACGUCUCUACGAAGGGAUUAUGGAAGUGA